AAUAGGUGUAGACUGCCAUACAACCUUGACGACGAAGAAGAAGUGUUCCCAAACAACAACCAUUCCGCGCACCUCAACUGAUCGUUCAGUACAGUACAGCACCGUUUCCGUUCAAUUGAACUUUCCAGAGCGUAAAAACUAAUGCAGCGCUGGUUUCAAGGGGUUUACAAAACAAUGUGUUCGCAACAGGUUCGCGUUAGGCUUCUCCCCAGCCCUCGCUGUUUCUUCGACGAGCAACUGCACGUGCAGGUAGAUGGACUUUCUCCACACCAGAAAGUGGAGUUGAGGUCCAAACUCCGGGACGAUAAAGGGGUAAUCUUCAGAGCUUCUGCCCUGUACGAGGCAGAUGCUACAGGACAGGUGGACCUGUGCCGCUCUCCCUCUCUGGGCGGCAGCUACACGGGAGUUGAACCCAUGGGCUUGUUUUGGGCCAUGGCGCCCGAGACUCCACACAGCAAAAUGUUAAAAAAGAAUGUGUUGGAUUCAAUGAUGGUUAAUAUAGACGUUCUGCAUGGGGAUACAGGUGAGCUCUUGGUCACAGAGACCAACGAGAGGCGGUUCAUGACAGAAGGGGUGAGGAGGAUACCGUUGGACUUGAAAGAAGGAAGAAUUCGGGGUGUCCUCUUUCUACCACCGGGUAAGGGUCCAUUUCCUGGGGUACUAGAUGUGUAUACUCUGGGUGGAGGUCUAUCUGAGGUCCGGGCCAGUCUGCUGGCUAACAAAGGCUUUGUGGUUCUGGCGCUGGCUUACUAUGGCUACCAGGACCUGUCCAGAACCGUUCCUAAACACUUUGACCUGGAGUACUUUGAAGAGGCCAUUACAUUCCUGAGGAGACAGCCACAGAUUCAAGGUCCAGGAAUAGGAAUCCUGUCCAUCUCCAAGAGUGGCGACCUGGCUCUGUCCAUGGCCUCGUUUCUCUCUGGCAUCUCCGCCACAGCCUGUAUCAACAGCAGCAACGCUAAUAUCAUGACGCCUCUGCACUACAAAGACAUCAUCAUCCCCCCCCUCAUGCCUGUCCUAGAGAAUGUCACUCUCUUACCGUCCGGCCUCCUCGACGUCCGAGACGCCAUUCCGGACCCAGAGACUGAGGGGAACCGCGGUUCUGUGAUCCCAAUAGAACUUUCCGGAUCUAGGUUCCUCUUCGCCGUCUCGGAGGACGACAGGAACUGGAACAGCUGUCUCUUCGCCCAGCAGGCCGCCGCCCGGCUGAGGCAUCAUGGGAAAGAUAACUUUGAGGUUGUGACGUACCCCAGGGCGGGGCAUUUCCUGGAGGUGCCCUACAUGCCCCACUGUCCGUCAGGCUUCCACUCUGCUCUGGGUAAAGUGGUGGUGUAUGGGGGAGAGGCUAAAGGCCACCAUGAGGCUCAGCUGGACCUGUGGAGGAGGGUCCAGGAGUUCUUCAGGAAACACCUGAAGGACAGCAGCAACACUGUCCAGGAUGCCAGGCUGUAACACUAAGAGGAUGGCUAAGUUCCAGGUCUGGACAGGUGUUUUAAUAUAUCAGCUAACUAGGGAGUCAAACGUUCAGUCUGCUGCACUAGUUUAGAGCGCCUGGUGAAAUUGUGCUUAGGAGAAGAAAAAAAAAGUACAUCUAAAUGGUUAAAGUAGUGAGAAAUGUGUGAUUAUUGAAAAAAAAAAUCUGAGUUUGCUUCAUUUACUAUCAUGCUAAAUUAAGAUAUUUAAUUGUUUUGCCAUAUCUAAUUAAUGUAUAUUACACUACCUUCCAUUAUGUGUUACUACAGUUACACAAGCUGACGGUUUGACCACAUCAAAUUGCGGGGAAUUACCCAUCAUUUUCACCUCUGAUUGGUGAUGUUAGUAUAUACGUUUUACUCAACACGAUGACACAAGAUAAAUUAGUUAAAACAGA